AUGGGCCUCAUGGCCGGGAUGCUCCCUGGCGUCGAGUUUGCCAGGAGGAGGAGGCUCCGGCCGGCGGCGGAGGCCCCGUGCGCCGGCGCGCGGCGGCCGGCGUCGCUCGGCAUGUUCGGGCACGACCACGCCCACCUCGGCUCGUCAGGUUUUGCGAUGCAGAGGAGCGGCGUGGGCGAGGAGGCGUGGACGACGCAGCUGGACGGCAUCGCCCGGGAGGCCAAGGAGAGGCUGGAUCACAAGCUCAGGAGCCAGAGAGAAUCUGUGGUCAAGAGGCGCCACAGCACGGGAAGCCUCCGGCUCCCGGCCCCGUCGAGCACCACCAGCGACCACCCGGCCAAGGACACGGCAGGGGCGGCGAGCGCCCUGCAGCGAGAGGUGUUCACGAAGAGAGGCGGCGGCCGGCGGUUCAGCUGGGGCCGGAGGAAGGAGCAGCAUCAGCAGCAGGCGGAGUGCGCGGUGUGCCUGGAGGAGUUCCGGGCCGGGGACGUGCUGGCGCACCUCCCCUGCGCGCACCGCUUCCACUGGGCCUGCGCCGUGCCCUGGGUCCAGGCCGCCUCCCGCUGCCCCUUCUGCCGCGCCGCCGUCCGCCUCGCCGACCACCAGCAUGUCUAG